AUGAGCGAGGAGCGAGGAGACCAAGAACCCGCCGCCGCCACAAGCAGCGGCGCCUCGGAUUGGCUCGAUGAGUCCAUCGCCUUCCUCGCCGCCGACCUUGACGUCGGCCUCGGUGCUUAUGGCUGGUUGCAGGCAUCAGCAGAGGAGGAGCAGCAGCAGCAGGGCAUCGACAGCAUGGUGGCGGAGGCACGGCCACCUCCGGCCAUCACCUUGCCCCAGUCUGGCCUGGGCCCUGUUUCAACUAGCGUUGCAUCGUCGCCGGUGGCGUCGCCGCAGGAGUUUGGGCAGCCCAGGAAACGCAAGUCUCCGCAGCACAGCAGCCAGCGCAGUCCGGUUGGAAGCGGCGGCGGCGGCAGAGGUAGCCCCGAGCUUGACAGGGGAGGAACGAGCUGCAACCGGAAGCCGAGCAAGAAGGGCAGUGCAAAGGCAGGUGCGGCGAGCUUGGGCAGGGAUGCGAGGUGGGCGGAGCAGCUGCUGAACCCGUGCGCGGUCGCCAUCGAGGCGGGCAACCUGCCGCGCGCGCAGCACCUGCUGUACGUGCUCGGCGAGCUCGCCUCGUUCUCCGGCGAACCAAACCACCGCCUGGCCGCGCACGGGCUGCGCGCCCUCAUGCAACGCCUCCCGCACGCCGUGGGUCCAGCGGCCGCGGCGACCGUGAAGAUGCCAUCUUGCGAGUGCCCGACGCCGGUGUUCUCCGGCGUCGACCCGCUCCUCUUCCGCGCGUCGCUCAUCAGGUUCAACGAGGUCAGCCCGUGGUUCGCGGUACCGAACGUGCUCGCCAACGCCGCGAUUGCGCAGGCCGCGGCGGCGGCGGGUGCGGCGACCGAGCCUCGUCAGUUUCACGUCGUGGACGUCGGUGUCUCGCACGGCGUGCAGUGGCCGACGCUGCUCGAGGCGCUUACCCACGUGCCACGGGGCUCGACCCCGCCCUCCGUCCGCCUCACGGUCGGCGGCCCCGCGGCCGCCCCACCGGUGCCCUUCUCCGCUUCGCCUCCAGGCUACGACUGCUCACCGCAGCUGCUCCGGUACGCCAAGUCCAUCAACCUGGACCUCGCCAUCGUCCAGGCACCAAGUUUGGACACCCUGCACGGCAUUCGCACCCCCGGCCAGACCCUCGUCGUCUGCCUCCAGUUCCGGCUCGGCCACGCCACCGCCGACGAGCAGGUAGCCGUGCUCCGAAACAUCAGGAGCCUCAACCCAGAGCUACUAGUCCUCGCCGAGCUGGACUGCGGCGGCCGAAGCGACGGCAGCGCGGCGAGCGAGUUCGCGGCCAGGCUGGAGCAUCUCUGGAUGUUCCUGGACUCGACGGCCGCUGCGUUCAAGGGCCGGGACGCCGACGAGAGGCGGGUGAUGGAAGCGGAGGCCGGGACAGCACUGGCAGCCACGGCGCGGUGGGGAGCGGCCGUGGGCGGAGGGAGGGAGGCGUGGCUUGCGCGUUUGGCCGCGGCGGGGUUCGAGGAGACGGCGUUCGGGGGCGAGGCGGUGGAGACGUCGAAGGCGCUGCUGAGGAAGUACGACGGCGGGUGGGAGCUGGUGCCACCAUCGCCGUCCGCCGGCGCCGCGGUGGGGCUCCGGUGGAAAGGGCAGCCCGUGUCGUUCUGCUCCCUGUGGCGGCCGACGCAGGCUAGCCCGGAGCUUAUUUGGCGUGGCGCAUGA